UUUGACUGACAACUCAAGUAAAAUGCGCAUGCGCCCUUAGGUAUGGCUCUCUUGGCUUGCCGUAGAAAAGCGAAAGUCUCCUGGAAAGAGAAUGUCAUAUGUGAAACUGGUGUCGCUGUGUGUCGCAGCUCCGGGUCUGACGGGCCUGCUGAGCGGCGCGGUGCUGGCUGCCACUGAGGGGAAGAAGAAGAGCUCACAGCCUGCUCUGAGCAUCGAUGAGCUGCCGUCGUUAUACACCAGGCCUGAAGUGGAGCCUCGGUGUGUGGAGCCAGAGGCCGGGCCGCUGGAGGAGAGCGUGGCAUCGCUCAGAAAAAUGGCAGAACCGUACACAAACCAGUGCCAGCAAACGGGCCAAGCUGUAAUGGAGAAAGUAGAGCAAUUAUACCAGACUGUGGAGCCCACACUCAACACCUCCGUAACAACAGUCACAGAUGUGUACCAGUUCCUCAGUGACCCCCCUCCCGACCUCUACCCCAGUGUUGCGGCGGUGGGCUUCUCUGGCUUCCUGGGACUUUAUUUGGCCAAAGGCUCCAGGGUGAAGCAGCUGGUGUUUCCUGUUGGACUCAUGGCUCCUCUGUCACGAAAGGGUUGUGCUUUCCUGCAGGAAGUUCUGGCUCUGUGUUUGCUCUGCUUUGAAUGGUGCCAGACACCAAACCAUGAUCAGAUUAUUAGUUACAGUAUCUCAGCCCUCUCUCUGAUUGGGCGCUUUGCUAAUGCUGUUCCUCGUGCUUCUCACCAGGCGAGUCGGGACUCGUCGUACACCUUGGCUCAGCGGGGCCGCGUCACCGUGGAGACUCUCUGGAAAGAGCCUCCGUUUGGCAAAAAGAAGAAAGAGCAAACAGAGAGCAACGACAAGACCAGCUGAGACGGCAAGAAGACACACACCUGUCCAUCCUGAGAGACUUUCACCUUCCAGUAACACACACUCACACCUGUACGACUCUGAUUAGUAUUCACUUAAUAAUAAUAAUUCAUUUAAGUUGUAUAUCUCAGAAACUUGGUGGUGUAAGUGUGUUUCUGAAACGCCUCCUGCCUCCUCUUGACUCAUUCCUGAACACCGCGACCUCUUCCAAGAAGCGGAGUCUUUUCACAUCCCGUUAUUGAGAUAAAUGCAGUCCUCCUCCCCUUCGUCCUCUCUAAUCAUUUCUCACGACGUCAGCUCUUCCAGUUUCUGUUCUGUUCCGCGAAGCAGGUCACAGAGUCGAGUUUCUGCAGUGUUUGCUCUCUAACAUUAAGGAUGUCUGCCACCGAUCCUUCCUUAUUCUUUUAUUUGUUCAAGCUGCACGACACAGUUUCACAGACUGUUACAGAGAGGUGUGACACUGUUAAAACUCAGUGUUAUUUCAUUAUGUAGCACUUUAAAGGUCCAGUGUGUAACACUUUUAGUUGUUCGUUAUCAAAAUCGGUGUUGCCCGUUCACCAACUUCUCCUUUUUCAUGAAUAUUUACCUCCACCAUCAAUUCCAAGUAUUCCUUUUGGCUUGAAAUUUUACAUUUGCAUUUGCAUUAACUGGGGUAGA